ACAGUAGACGAUUUGACCACGAAACGACAACUGUUUAAAUAGCGAAAACAGGGUAUAUAACGCGGCACGCCCCGAGGCAAGUCGUGGACGGUCAUCCCCAGCCAACAUGUCACCCAAGAGCUUGUUCUUCCUCCUCGCUGUCGGCCUCUGCGCCACGCAGAUGGUGUCCGCGCACCGCGAGGCGCGCGGCAUCGCCGAAUUCUUCAACACGGCCAAGAACAAGCUGUCCCAGCUGCUGCACAAGGCCGAGGACCCCAUCCUGUCGAGCAUCAACACGGUCAAGCAGUACAUCAACAACCUGGAGAACAAGCUCCUUGAAUCCGGCACCACCGCCCUCAACAAGGCAGGGCUCCAGGUCAACCUCACCGACCUGGCCGACCUUGUCAAGGACACUGCCAAAACCUGCGCGAAGGACGAAAAGGUCAAGGCUGGCGCUAAGGUGAUCCUCAACGACAUGGCUUCCUGCGUCGUCAAGGACGUGACCACCCUGCAAAACCUCAUCGAGGAGAUGGAGGACCUCUGGGACACCGCCCGGACCAUGCCCUCCGCCAUCAAGGACGUCGCCAACCGCUGCAAGACUGGUGAAGCUGUCCCCGCGGAUCCCCUGCAACUGACCGUCACCCUCGACACCAGCGACCACGAGUUGGCCGAGGCCAGCAACGAGCUGCUGGUGACCGCCAGCAAGCACCUGAGCAAGCGCGCCCUGUUUGACCUGUCCCGCGUGACCAACUGCGUCAAGAACAUCUUCGACUUCGCCAAGAACGACCUCGUCAGCAUCCCCGGUGACGUCAUCACCGCCGCCACCCACGCCUACCAGGUUGUCCAGAGCGUCCAGGGCGGCAUCCCCGCCUGCGUCGCCAAGAAGGCCACCGAGAACGUCGACGAGAUCACCAAGCUGGGCCUCGAGGUCGGAGCCUGCCUCGCCGCCGGAGUCGCUGACGGAGACCUCUCCACCAACCCCUCCCUGAGGGUCCUGAAGCAGCUCUCCGUCGCGGCCGACGCCCUCAACAGGCUGCAGGACUCCUCCGCUCUGAGCGCCGCUGGUCAGAUCACCCAGUACCUUGGUUAGGUUUAGCCACUGGUUGCCACUGUCGCAAUUGAAAAAUAAACAAUGAAUCUGGAAAGCCUG